ACUAGAUUGAAUUGAGAGUAUACUUGUGUUGAAUCAAAGACCCCUGGGAAGAUAUGCCUGUGCAAUCAUGUUUGGACCACUUCCGUGAUUAAGAUCUACAUCAUUGAUGGAGUAAAAACUCAACAGAGAUGCGGUUGUGUUGGGAUGUUCCGGAUUUAAUGCAGUUCUGUCCGGAUUGCGGAACAAGUGGAUUGAUGCGACAACAGAUCUCACAAAUCAUCUCGUGUGAUACUAAGAAAUGUCCGCCUGGAAGUGUUUGUAUUGACGGAAAGUGUCAAUGUCGUAGAAGAUGUCCCCCGAACGAACAUUGCCCCAAUGGGAUAUGCGAAUGUCUACCAGGACAUUACAGAAAAAAGGGGGUUUACGUGCCAUAUAAAACCCGCCCAAUAUAUUGCCCGCCUAACAGUAUCUGUAAAAACGGAAGAUGUGUAUGUGAAAAGGGGUAUGAGUGGAAAGGAAACAAAUGUGUCAAAAAAUGUAGAAAGCAAAGAUGUCGUGAUCACGGAGAAUGCAGGAAUGGAAAAUGCGUUUGUUUUAAAGGAUAUGAAACUGAUAAGAACGGAAAAUGUGUUGAUAUAUGCCGUCGAAUGCUUUGUGGACCAAACGAAAUCUGCCACGCUGGAGAAUGCCGUCAUUCGUGUGCUCUUAUAUUUUGUGGGCCGGGUACAACAUGCAUAAAUGGAAAAUGCGUUUGCAAAAAUAGAGGGCAUUCACUGGUCGCAGGCCAUUGCAUAAAACAAUGUCGCCCUCGUUGUAAACCAGGAUGGAAAUGCGUUUCAGGAGUAUGUGUGUGCGUCGGAAUCUAUUGUCCGUACAGAUAGAUCCAACAUUGACUAAGUUCGAAUACUUGUUACACUAUUGUGAAAGAAUAUGCUUUAAUAAUCGUGUCAUAUAUCACAGAAUUAAAUCACCAUAUUUUCACUUAAUACAAUAUAUUCAGCAUACAAAUGUG